UGGAAUGCUCUCGGACGCAGCAGGCAGCCCCAGAACCUUCCUUCUUUUGAGGUGGCUUUUGCCGUUUGCGCUGGCUGCGAAAGGGAAAACCCAGAAAAGGUCGGCAGUGCACGAGCGAAAAGGCCACGUGUGAGGCCCACACACGUGCACAUAGCCCCCAGUUUAUUUCUUUCUUUCACAGAAAUAUCAGAAAUUGGCGCCCCCUUUCUUCUCUCGAUCUUAAACUCGUUUUCCCCAUUUUCUUGCGCUCUAAAAAGAAAUCGUCGACGAGUGCACGCUCACGCUGCACAAAGAUAAAGAAAAGAAAAGAAAAGCAAAGCAAAUUUCUAGAAUUCUCAAAAUCCGAUUCGCCAUGUCAGUGCGUAGGCGCACCUUGCUCAAGGUCAUCGUUCUCGGCGACAGUGGGGUUGGCAAGACGUCGUUGAUGAAUCAAUAUGUGCAUAAGAGGUUCAGUCAGCAGUAUAAAGCUACAAUUGGUGCAGAUUUUGUCACGAAAGAGCUCCAAAUCGAUGACAGGCUCGUCACUCUACAAAUAUGGGACACAGCCGGGCAAGAACGGUUUCAAAGUCUUGGAGUUGCAUUUUAUAGAGGGGCAGAUUGCUGUGUUCUAGUUUAUGAUGUUAACGUGAUGAAAUCUUUUGAUACUCUUGACAACUGGCAUGAGGAGUUUCUUAAACAGGCAAACCCAGCUGACCCAAGGACGUUUCCAUUUAUAUUGCUUGGAAACAAGAUUGAUGUCGAUGGUGGGAAUAGUCGAGUGGUUUCGGAGAAGAAAGCAAAGGAGUGGUGUGCUUCAAAAGGCAACAUCCCUUACUUUGAGACAUCAGCAAAAGAGGAUUAUAAUGUUGAUGCUGCAUUCUUCUGUAUUGCCAAGACAGCUCUAGCUAGUGAGCGUGAACAGGACAUAUAUUUCCAAGGCAUACCAGAGGCUGUUUCGGAGGCUGAGCCCAGAGGUGGUUGUGCAUGCUAACCUGGCACAUCAAAUAAUGUCACCGAUCCAAUAGUUUUGGUUGCUUCCCCCCAUUUUUUUGUGGUCCUUUUGAUUCAUACCAUUUUUUGUUUUGUUUGCACUGUAUUCCUUGGAUUGAGUCACCACGAGUUGUUCUAAGCAUAGAAUAGGAAAUGAAUGCUCCAUUUUAUAGUUAUCAAGCACUGCUCCUGGGCAUGAAACUAUCAAUCUUAAUUUUUGAGUGGAGCCCUUAUCCGCUCCUUGUUUUACCGCCUUUAGUGGCGGUCAAGUAUCUUGGUGUUCGUGUCAAGAAUCAUUAGGGUUGCGUCAUUCAUUUGAUGUAUUCUCUUUUAAUUUUUGUUUCCUCUGGAUGUUCUAUCCAGUCUUAGUUUGUUGUUCUUAGUUGUAAUUCUUCUUUUAUGUACUUGUUAGAAAAAGAUUUGAGCGGGGCGACUCUUUGUGGCUGUUAUGGAAUGAUGAUGGUUGUGUCAUUUCA